CCAAAGUCCUCAGAGUCUUGAACAUGAUGGAGCUUCAAAAUCCCACCAGGUCUAGGACGUUCCAAAGAUGGAGAAAACAAGUGGAUAACGAUAGAAAGAGAAAAAGGUCUGAAAAGGAUGACGGCAAAAAGGACUGGAAAAGGAACAAGUUCAUCACCGUUGAAGAACAGUUCAAGGCAAUAGGCUCGAGUAAUAUGUAUAAUGAUACAUCCACGGAGGCAAACUAUGAGUGGGGUUCAGUCAUUUCGCCAGUUGUGCUUUCCUCACGCGAUGAACAGAGAACACUCAAGUCUUUAAAGACGUUGUCUGCAAUGAAGAUUGCAGAGAACCAAAACUUGUUGAGCUCUUCCAUGCUGAAGUCGAGUUCAUGGCAGGUUUGGAAACUCGUCUGGGAGUACAUCUCUCUAUGGAGACGCGAUAGUUUCCAGACGUUUGAACUGUUUGCAUCCAAUUUUAGUAAAGAAGCCCAGUUUAUGUGCCAUCCUUUCGUUACUAAUCAGGUGUUGGCAAAGAAGGACAUGAUCCUGAAGUCGAGCUUACCGAACGAAACACGCCAUCGGGUAGAGAGGGUCUUUGGUAACAUCCGUUUCUCAAACUUUGUGACGACAAUGAAUAGCUUGACCUUUGACAAUAUGGUCAUGCUGGAGAUCAACAAACCAAUGAAGUAUGAUGAGCUCAUCCACUUGACAAACUUGACGAAUCUAAUGGCUCUGAAGAUUGGAAGACUUACUACAAUUCCAGACCUUGUACUGGACAGGUGGUGUACAUGUAUCAAAGCAGGUAAAUGGAAAAACCUACAAGUAUUGUCAUUACCAUUAGAGUCACAAGGUGCACUGUGUAAAUUGCAAAAAAUAGCUGCAUCGUGCAAGCUGCUAUACAUAGAAGUGACAGGCAAGACAAUUGUUAACAUCCAAAGGGACUGGAAAGAUUUGGACUUGAUCAACUGGACAGUGACCAACGAUCGUGCUAUGGAAAACCUACCUUGGGGUAUAAAGGCACAAACCAUUAUGAAAAAGUACAAGAUUACAAACCACACGAAGUUACCUUCACCAUCAACGAUCUUACUCGAUUUCCAUGUUGUCAAUCACACUUACAUUGGGAAAUUCAAAGAUUUGGAAUCGGAAUAUGACCAGCUUUGGAGUCUAAGAGGGUUAACUGGGUUCUCUCAGGCCAUUGUAUUGAACGACAAGGCCGUCCCAGAAAUCACAGCUACUGCAAUCAGACCUGGAUCAGUUCAACAUUCUGGAGCUGGAACUAAAAAGCCUACCAUAGUGAAGAAGUUGCAAGUUAGAAACCUGAAGUCCUUUUUCAACAUGUGAUGGUUCGUUAGUCCUAUAUAUAUAGCAUAAGCAGUUUCAACUACGAAAGAGCAUCUAUAAUUAAUCAAACACCAU